UUGCCGCUCUCUUUUAGGGCUGGAGGAGAGCACCGCUUUUCCUUGAGUGGAAGGAGGGAGCGUUGGCUCCUGUGUCAGAUGGUCACUUGCACAGCGGUGGCUGGGGGAGUGAGCAAGGACGCAGGUCUGCAGCAGCCGGUGGGAGGAGACCGCCGUCCACCAGUCCCCAGGUGUGGUCAGCAUGGGCCCCGGGGGCAAACAGAGCCCCUCAUCCCUGCCGGUCCCCGCUGGGGGUUCCUGCCUCAUCCUCCUCUUUUGCCUGCGCUUGGGCGCUUCCUGCCCACUGAGCUGCCAGUGCCCUGAGCACGCCGGGGCCGUGGCCGUCCACUGCAGUGCGAGGGGCCUGCAGGAGAUCCCCAAGGACAUCCCCGCCAACGCUGUGCUCCUGAAGCUUGAUGCCAACAAGCUCACCCACGUCCCUAACGGAGCCUUCCAGCACCUGAACCAGCUGAGGGAGCUGGACUUGUCCCAGAACACCAUCGAGACCAUCGGCCCCGCUGCCUUCUCGGGCCUGGCCGGGGGCCUGCGGCUGCUGGACCUGUCCCAUAACCGCAUCCGCAGGAUUCCGAAGGAUGCCCUGGGCAAGCUCAGCGCCAAGAUCCGCCUGUCCCACAACCCCCUGCACUGCGAGUGUGCGCUGCAGGAGGCCCUGUGGGAGCUGAAGCUGGACCCCGAGUCCGUGGACGAGAUCGCCUGCCACACAGCCGCGCAGGAGGAGUUCGUGGGGAAGCCGCUGAUCCAGGCUCUGGACUCCGGGGUCAGCUUCUGCAGCACCCACCGCAAGACCACCGACGUGGCCAUGCUGGUCACCAUGUUCGGCUGGUUCGCCAUGGUGAUCACCUACGUCGUGUACUACGUGCGCCAGAACCAGGAGGAUGCCAGGAGGCACCUGGAGUACCUGAAGUCCCUGCCCAGCGCCCCCGUGUCCAAGGACCCCAUCAGCCCGGUGCCCUAGUGCCUGCUGGCGGAAGCGGAACACCGCCCACCUGUCCCCCUCACUUCUGUAGCAGGUGGUGGCUGACCCAAGCUUUCGGUGCCCUGCGCGCUGGGGCCUCCCAGCCCCCUCUGAACGGCAUUCCGCCCCCACAGACCCCUCCCUUGUGUUGCAAGUACCGCACCACGCUUCAAGUCCGAAAUGUGACCAUCGGGCCCAUUUGACAGGCCAGGAAGCCAGAGUUUGGAGAAAUGGCCUUGCCCACAACCACACAGUCAGGCAGUGACCCUGUUGGGACUUAAAACCAGGCCGUCUGUCAUAACGUUCCAUGUCCCUUGCGCUCUGCCGGCCUCGGCCGCUUGGCGCCUGUACGGUGUGGAUGGCAUUCCGAGAAGAAAGGCUCUUGUCCACGUGUGUGAGGUCUGCCCCGCAGACGGUGGGGUGUAGACUCAUCUGUGGAAGGCAGAACUGAUUUACCUUGUCCCCCUGGUAGUAUUUCCUGAACCCAUCUGACCGCAGAACUCUUUCCAGAGCAAAGUAGUAGAGACCAGGUUUUUCUCGAGAGGUAAGUGAAACAGGUAGUUCAAACUAACCUUUGAACAACUUUGUUUAUUCUCAGAGUGUUGGUUAAGAGUAGCACUUGUGCCAAAAUUUCAGUCCGGGGAGAGCGGGGGAGAAGCCCUAAAACCCCAAAACCAAGAAGACCACGGACAGAAACCCGAGAAAGGUCCAGAGUGGAUCAUCAACGGGGGCAGUGUCGUGUGUCCCCACCGCGAGUCCCACCACUGUGCCUGGUCUGGGGGAAGGCCCGUCAUCCCAGGUCCGUAGCGUGCCUUGCCUCUCCACUCACGAACACCGAAGCCGCUCCUUCUCAAGGACAGGAGGACUGAUAUUCGGUGUGUCAAGGCCGGUCAGCGGGAUGCUCCCUUUUCUCCAGCAACAGGAACUCUCUGCCUUGCUCCCUCUCUGUCUCCCCGUCUCUGUCUGUCUUCACCUCUGCCACCAGGAAUCUCAGAGCGAACUCAGCACUCUCUCAGCUGUGUUACUCUACAUUCAGGGUAGACGUUACCUCCACCUACCUAACUGUGAGCCGUCUUUCUAGUUUUAUUUUUUGAUGUCUUUUUUAAGAGUGCUUAUUUUUAAAUUGUUUCAAAUAUUUGGGGGGGAGCACAAAUAGGGAUAAAUUGCGUAUGAACUUAAGGUGUACAGGUUACAAGCCUCAUGAAGCAGAUGCUUAGAAAGAAUUAAGAUAGAGGGUGGUUUGUACCGGGGGAUUGUCCGAUGACCUCAAGUGGGCCUUGAAUGCCUGAUCCUAUCUACGGGUUGACUCGGAGAUCCAGACUCCACAGCUGACGCCCAAAAGGCCCAUCCAAGCAAGGUCCUGGCUUUUUCAGUUAUGGUGCAUUAAAAAGAAAUGACUGACAGCUCCCAAAUACCCUCCCACAUGCAAGCACCCCACUUCUGUGCCCACCGCCCAGAUCAGGGGUGCGAGGAUGGGAGGCAGGGCCCGGGCACCACCUCCCGUGGCCUGUCGGUCCCAGUGGCCCGGGUGGGCACUGCUGCUGGCCUACCAGCAGGCACAGGCUCCUCGGGUGGUUUGGGUCCCCCUGCCCCCCCAUGCCAGGGCGCACACAGUGGGGAGAGGGGUCCAACCACACAAGGAGCUCACCACCUGUGGGUUUGCCCGAGGGAGGUGACCUGGCAGAGGUGCAGGGUCAUGUGCCGGGGUUCUGUGGCUGCUACUCACGUCCUGGGGGGAGUCUCUCCUUGCUGUGGGGGAAGCCUUGCACUGGGGGGCCCUGUCCCGCUGCCAGGGAACUCGCCGUUUCCUCUUAUGCCAGAAUCAGCCCAGAUCCUGGGUUCCACUCAAAUGCGGCUCUUCGGGGGAUGCAUGGGGAGUGGGGUGGGGCUGCCCCUUUCCGAGGACCCUGGACACACCAGAAGCGUCCUCUCCCUGUCACCCUGAGCCCAGCGUCAGACUGCCGGGCUCUCCUGGUCUUUCUGGGAUCCUCACCCUUCAGGGGGGGUUCCAGAGUGGACACCUCCCUCCAAAGAAGCCCACCAAGUCACUGAACUUCAGGACCACAAAGCUCCUUCUUGCUCACGGAAGCUCACACCCCUGGUACUGGGAGCCCUCUGCUGUCCCGGGGUACAGCCACCCCCCCUUUCCCCCUCCUUUUCUCUCUCCUUGAGAGACCCCUUAGGAUGACACCCUGCCUGGGCCCACCCCCUUCCUUGCUGCCGUGUGUGAGCACAUAUUGCUGGGUGUCCCCGCGGGCCCUACGGCUGACGCAGCCCCCACCCCUGCCCCGAUGGGUGAUUGACACAUCCUAAAUCUGCAGAGGCUGGGCAGGGUCACGCUGGCCUCGUUGAGAGAAUCGGAGUUGACAGUGUCAGGUACAGGACAAAGGGGGUGCCCCGUCUGUCGGGGGCAGUGGGGUCACAGCCUAUGGGACAUGGGUGGCCCCCGGCUCUCACCGUGAUCCGAAUAGGGACCUUCAGAGCACUUUAUACAGACACACGGCCUGGUCUGCAAAGCUCCUUGGCCACAGGAGGUAACACUUCACAGGUCAGGGGUCAGGGCAGGGUGAUUUUGGGGCUCCCCAUGGGGCAGACGGUUGGAAUAGCCACUCAGCUUGGGGUGGUGACGAUGCCUCCCUUCCCCUGGGGGUCGGUGGUGGGGCUCUGGCUUCUAGGGAGGCCGCAGGGCUAGGGGGGUGAAGAGGGCCAGUGAGGGGCUCAUGGAACCCUUUGGGAGCCAGGUCACCCUGCCCAGCUGCUCUGGUUGAGCUGCUCCCUCGGUCCCCAGCCUCGCUGCGGAUGCAGAGCCCCACCCCUGACCCUGACCCUGACCCUAGGAGGGGGCGCCCUACGCCCGUGGCCUCCUGGUACCCCAACCUCCCUCCUCUUUGGGCUUUGGGGUCACUCCCUCGGGUGGCCCAGUGCGGGGAUGGGCCGUCCUGACACUCGGGGGCUCUCCCUGGUGAGGAGGAGGCUCCCGGCUCCACUCCAGAAGCCCUUCCCAGGCCUCUCCCAGGAGCUGCCUGCAGGCUGUGGGAGGCAGGACAGGCACCGCCGGGACUGCUGCGGGGCUGGGACUGGGGGCGCUCGCAGCUGCGGAUGCACGAAAGAGCUUCCCUCCUGCACGCGGCCCUACAGCCCGACCUGGGGACCGCCUCCCACCGCGGGGCCCCCAGUCCCCAGCUUGGCCUGCAGCGGGGUGGAUGAGUUUUAAACCGGACGUGAGGUUGGGUAGACCCAGUCUGGAUGUAUGUUUCCUGAUGGACAGUAGUCUCGGGCAGGAGAUGAGGGGUGUCCGGCGGUUGAAAGCAGGGGCUGCACAGCGUACUGCUACAGGGCCCCCCGGAGGAGGCUUGCGUUCCCACGGAGGUCUAAGGAAGGUGUGCGGGUGGACUCCCUGCUGCGGGGGGCUGGAGUGGGGCCAGGCUCAAUUGAACAGCUCCGCCCAGGGUCAGCAGAACGCCGGGGCAUUGGCAAAGUCAAGGCCGGGGCUCAGGGACCAGUCUCCUAGGAGUUCUGAGCAGCUCAGUACUGCCUGGCCCCGGGUGCUGGGGGUCCCUCGGUGGGUGCCGUGCACCGGCCCUGUCCCGGCUGGCUUGCCUUCCUGCACUACGCUCCCCAGGCUCCCUUGCAGCGCGUUCUCCAGAGAUGCACGUACAUGAGAUUUUGAUCCUGGACUCAGUUACCUGGGGAGGAGGCAGGGCUGCUUGGGCAGACCGUGGCAGAGAUGGAAUGUUCUGGAGUUGUGGCAAGUGCAGGAGCCUGGGUUGGUUUCUGGAGCCAUCUUUCCCGGAAGCUGGGUCUAAAGUCCGAGCCUACUGUCCUCCCCACUGCCUCUGAACUCUCAAUAAACCUCGUUGUGCUUAAAUCA